AUGAGUUUCUUCCGCAAGCUAUUCGGACGCAAGAAAAAAGAAAUAAAAGAACCGCCACAGUCGACCGAAGUCGAUGCGAUGGAAAAAUUACGAUCAACUGAACAGUUGUUGAGGGAUAAAAGUGAAGCCUUGAAAAUAAAUAUUGAAACAGAGCAAUCUACAGUAAAAGAGAAUGUUAUAAAAAAUAAACAAGUUGCGUUGAAUGCGUUAAAUCGUAAGAAGCGUUACGAGCAACAGUUAUCCCGGAAUGACAGUAUGUUAUUAAGUGUCAUUAAACAACAGUUGGCUUUGGAAAAUGCAAACACAAACAACAUUGCGCUUGAUUUAAUGAGUUCGUCUUCAUACGCUGUUAAAAUGGCGAAUCAAAAUGUCAACAUAGAUGAUAUUCAUAAUAUGAUUGAUGAUAUAGCAACGUCAAAUGAUUUAACUCAAGAUAUUACAGAAGCCAUUUGUAAUCCAACUAGAUUGGAAACUGAUGAAGAUGUGGAAGAAUUACAACAGGAAUUAGAAAAUCUUGAAUUAGAAAAAUUGGAUGGACAAGCAAUGAAUCCGGUGCAAGCUACAAAUUAUCCAAUACCAGUUAUGCCAAUAACCAAAAAAAAUAUAACCAGACAAAAGAAUUCCAUUAUGACAUAA